UAUAUAAAUAAAAAUUAAAAAACAUUUCAUUUAAUAUUCUUAUUCUGAUUACAAUUUGACCAGAAUGUUACAAAUUCUGUUAAUGGAAUAUCUGAUUAUAUAAUUAAGAAAGACCUUUGCAAUAUUUACGUUUAGAUAUCAAUAAAAUGAAGUACAACGAUAGAGAGCUUAUUACAUUUGGGGAGACCAAAGCAGAUUUAGAAGGUGUUCUACAUCAUAUGAAGCCCCAGGGAAAUGACUGGUUAGAUUGGUACCAACGUCCACAUUUCAAAGAAAGAUAUUUUAAAUUAACGUCUAAUAUAUUGUUUUACUAUAAGGUAGGAGAAGAGGAACCUAUAGGUAUUUUAAUAUUAGAAAAUGCCCAAGUGUCAUAUGAGAGGCCCCAUAAAGGAAUACCUUUUGCAUUUUCAAUUACAUUUAAAGUGAAUGACAGACUUAAAGACGAGGAUGCUAAACAUAUUUUUUCCUGUAGAUGUGAUACUGAUGUCAGCAAAUGGGUUUCAGCUUUAAAAAUGGCUUCAUAUGAAUAUUGGAGAUCUCAAUACGUAAUUUUAAAGACCAAAAUCAGUAUGAGGACGGGGAAGGAUCCAGUUCUUGAAUACAUUAAAAGUAAAGAUUGUGUGGUGAAACAUACUGAAGUAAAAAAGACCAAAAUAAAAGAAAAAUCGAAAGAAAAGCAAUCUACGUUUCAUAGUCAUGUUGAUUUAAAUGGUUUUAGUGAAGCCACGACUUUGUCAGUUCAAAAUGGUGCUGGUCAUGCUGCAGAGGUUACAGUGGAUAAUUUAAUAUCUUUUUAAAGAUAUUUAAUUUAUGAAAAUUUAAUGUUAUAACAGUGUUACCAAAAAGAUAAUAUUAAGAUGUACCGAUGUGCCUGGUAUACUAUUUUUAGUCUCUUUGGGGUUUUGAUAUGUUCUAUCUUUUUGACCAGUAAUAUGGAUUUUUUGUAUUGGUGUUUAAAGUUAUAAUUUCAGUUUUCAAAUUUAAUCCAUGAGACCAACAAAAUAAUACUGCUGUAUCAAUUAUAUACUUUUUCUAUUUUACUCGCUUCAACAUUUAUAUUGAUUAAUAAUUUUUUUACAAUUUUACACAUUUAUUUUUAUAGAAAUUAAGCCAUUUUCUAACAUAUUUUAAUUAUAGUGAGGCCCCAAGUAUAUAUGAGAGACGAUAUAAAUUUUAUUCAAUUUAUAUUUAUUUAUUUUAAAUGAAAUAUAGUAAUUUUAACUAUUUAUAAUGGGAAAUAAGCCACAAUAUUAUUAAUAAAUGAUUUUUAUUAACGUUUCGACGCCCAAAUCGGGUGCCGUUGUCAAAAUACAAAAUACUAUUGGGCAUCGAAACGUUAAUAAAAAUCAUUUUUUAAUAAUAUUGUGGCUUAUUUCCCAUUAUAAAUAGUUAAAAUUGUAAAAAUGCCACAAGAAAAUAGCUUCAGAACAACAUUAUGAAAUAUAGUAACCCAGAUGAGUGGAGUUGUGGCAGUUGACAACAAAAAGAAGAGAAAACAUAGUUGAUGUUAGAGAAGUGUAAUUAUUAACACAUUCACUGCGACUUUUCACUAGAUUUGUUAUCCAGGAGCAGGAAAAAUAUACCGUCUUAAAAAGCAAUGGCUUACUGUCCCUGAUAGGAGUCAUGCACAUAUAAUAGUAAAGUAUCAGUUCAACUUCGAUCAGAGUUAUGCGCAGCAAAUGUGUUAAAGAAGCAUACGAAUAAAGGUAAUGAUGAUGAUAGCAACUCAGAAAGGUACAUGAUAUCUACAAGACCGUUCAUACAGAUUUAACAGAUGAAGACAUAAAACAUACUUUUCCAUGCAAUUAUAAGGGCAACACUAUACGAACAUUGUUUCUUAUAUGCAUAUCUCUCAAAUCUAUCCACUAAAAUUAAAAUUAUGGUAAAAUAUAAUCCGAACCCAGUAGACAACUUAUUGUGUUUUUUAAACCUUUUGUACAAUUUUGUAUUAUAUGUAAUAAAGUGAAAUAACGAAAA